AUGCCCCGGCGUCCCCCCAAUCCCGGGACCCAACAGGUGGCGCCCAAGGGGCUCCCCCGCGACGGCGCUCGCGGAAGGAAAGAUCCGCUACUGCCCAGGCUGCCCCCGCCCCAGCUCCGCGGGUUCCCCGGCGGCUUGAGGGCCUCGGAGGGCGGCGGCGCGUGGUGGCCGGGCGGCUGCUCGCACCCAGAGCUGGGGCUGGGCGUCAGGAGCCCCUCGCCGCGCCUGCCCGCCCUGCCCACCCUGGCCCAGCGGGCGGCGCAGAACCCGACAAGGCUGAGGUCGCUCCUGCUGCCGCCCCUGCUCCUGGCCGGUGCGCCCCGGGAACUCGCACCCCGGCGCACGGGGCCUGGAGAGCGCGAGGAUUCCUGCCGGGGCGCGGCCACCCUGCGCGCCCUCCUAGGAAAGUUCCUCCCCGGCAAGUGCCGGGAGCUCCUGCAGCAGCUGCGGGCAGAGCACGCGGAACCCCGGCCUCCGACACCCUCAGCAUCACAACCAAAAAGGAGUGUGUCAGAGCACUGCCACCAUUCCCUCCGGUGUCCCCACGAUUCCUUCCUUCCAGACCUGCGGGGCCAGUCAUGGUAUUUCCAGAAUAGUCUUAAGAAGAUUUUGCUCCAUCAGAUACCUGCCCUGGGGACCCUGAGGAGAGAUCACUCACAGUUCACCCUCAGGAAGGCCAACCACAGGCCCCACGGUGCACAGGUCCCCAAGCUCAAGGCUGUGCUCACCCACAGCUCCUCGGGGGCAGGCUCAGGACAGUGCAGACGGUUUUGCCCCUUCCGAGUGCGAUUCGCCGAUGAGACCCUGCGGGACACGGCGCUCCGCUACUGGGAGCGGAGCUGUGUAGUCCGGCAGGGUACCAUUGAGAAUGGGAUAGCUCCGCAGUCAAUGACAUCAGAAGGGGUGUUCGGGAGUGUCGGGAGAUGGCUGGAGAGUUCGCCCAAAGCCCUGUGCCCCAGGGCCAAGGAGGAGGCCAUGGCCAACAUCUCGUUCGGCUGGGACUGCCCUGGCCUGCCCAUCCAGGAGCCACCGGGUCACCUCUCUGAGGAUGCCUCCGUGAAGAGCAGCCUGCCCUGCAUCCCCAGGGCCACCACACAGAGGCCACGAGGUGACCUCCAAACCUUGCUGGACACCGACAACAUCCUGGGGCAGGAGGGCAAAUCGCCCUGUGAAGCCUCCUUGCACAUGGCUAAGGGCUGGGCUCUCGCUCUGAGCUGGGAAUCCUUCCUGCCCAGCUUGGUGCUGCACACCGUCCUGAAGCGAGGAUGCCCUAAGGGCUACCAGCCCCUCCUGCCUUCCAUGACACCACAGGAGGCUCCCAGGUGAAUGUCUGCUGGAGCCCAAGCCCAUGGGCUUGGACGCGGGCCAGGGGGUGAAGAGAGGCCUUUCUCACCCCACAAAUAAACAUGCAUUCCAGAUGGCUGGGACCUGC